AUGUCUCCAAAUUUGAAUAAAGAAGAGAAAUAUGAUAGACAGCUACGAUUGUGGGCGAAGGAUGGUCAAUCUCGGCUUGAAAAAUGUCACGUAUGCCUUUUGAACGCCACCCCCACCGGAGCAGAGGCACUCAAGAAUCUUGUGCUUCCGGGAAUUGGUGCCUUCACUAUUGUCGACGAGAGAACUAUAACAAAAAACGAUUUAAGUGGAAAUUUCUUUCUCGAGGACAAAGACAUUGGGAUGAGCUUUGCAGAGAGAACUGCCAAGUCGCUCUUGGAGUUGAACCCUAGUGUUGAAUGCCACAGCGUCCGAAUGAGCGCUCAGGAUUGCUUAACGACACCUGAUUUUUUCGAAAGUUUUGACAUGGUAUUAGUUAGCGACUACUUACCACUUCCUGAUCUCUUGGUUUUGAAGGAAAGAUUGUGGUUGAAAAAUAUACCAUUGCUACAUGUAAGUACAUGUGGGUUUUACGGCUCCUUACAAAUAUUUUGCAACGAAACAACUAUAGUUGAAACUCACGACCCAUCGCAGACAUAUGAUCUACGAAUUGACAAGCCUUGGCCUGCUUUGCAAGAAUAUGCUGAUUCGUUCAAUUUGGAAGCUCUAGACGAUACUGAGCAUGCUCAUGUCCCAUAUAUCAUCAUCUUCAUCAAGGCCUUAGAAUCCUGGAAAGAUAAUCACGGAGGCUGGCUUUUAAAGUAG